AUGAAUGCUGUUGUAUGUUCUAUAUACAUUUUUAUCUUAAACUUGUAUCUCUUACACCUACAACUAAUUGUUGCCGCUGAUAAUUAUUAUGCUAGUUAUGUUCCCUCAGAGAACAUAGUUCUCAACUGUGGGUCUUACACAUCUGAACUUGUACAAUAUGAUGGCAGGAACUGGAAUGGUGACAUUGCUUCACCAUAUUUACCCUCUAAAUUCAAGUCCCUUACAGCAAGAGCCCCUACCACUCUUCAAUCUAUUCCUGAAGUUCCCUAUAUGACUGUUAGGAUCUUUCAGUCUCAAUUCACUUACAGAUUCAAUGUAACCCCAGGUCCAAAAUUCAUUCGGCUUCACUUCUACCCUGCUUCGUACUUGGAUCUCAAUAUCUCCAAAGCUUUCUUAUCACUCAGUGCUGGUAACUUCACUCUUCUACAUAACUUCAGUGUUUCACUCAAUGCUGAUUACUUCAACUUAGCAUAUUUCAUGAAAGAAUUCAUUGUCCAUGUAAGUGGAAGUACUUUAGAACUUACUUUCACCCCAUCAUCCAAUGCUUCUGAUGCAUAUGCAUUUGUGAAUGGGAUUGAAGUUGUUUCAAUGCCCCUUCAUUUAUACACUCGUGGUGAUGAUGCUCCUCUUCCUUUAGUUGGUCACUAUCCUACACUGUUGUACCUUUAUAAUGAUUCUGCCUUAGAAAACAUGUAUAGAAUUAAUGUAGGAGGUGAGCAAAUUCCACCCAAAUAUGAUACGGGAAUGUUUCGAACUUGGGACAACGAUGAUGGUUACAUUUUCGGGGCCAACAUAGGAAUUCAACCCACUAAUAUGAGCAUGCCAGUUUUGUAUGCAGAUAAUAUUCCAGCAUAUACUGCCCCAGCUGAUAUCUACCGCACAUCCCGUUCAAUGGCUCCCUUUGAUGAUGGCCUUGUCAAUUUAAACUUCAACGAAACGUGGUCUUUUUCUGUUGAUUCUGGCUUCAAUUACCUAGUUAGGCUGCACUUCUGUGAAAUUGACCACGAUAUAACUAAAGUCAAUGAGGUAGUUUUUGUUGUGUUUUUAAAUAAUCAAACAGCUGAUGAAGGUUUUGAUCCAAUUGCCUUGAGUGGGGGACCUGGAGUUGCUGUUUACCAAGAUUAUGUGGUGACGAUUCCCGAAGAUAGUGAGGGGAAGCAGGAUCUGUGGCUAGAUCUACAUCCAAACAAGAAAUUCAAACCUAUGUACUAUAAUGCUUUCUUGAAUGGUGUGGAGAUUUUUAAAUUGAGCAGUGUUGAUGAGAAGAAUCUUGCAGGGCUUAACCCUUCUAAAAGGAAGUCUGGAUCAGAUGUAAAGGCUUCUAAUGUUUCGCCUUUUAAAAGCUCAAAGAAAUUCACAUUCAUUCUCAUUGGAUGUGGGCUUGCUGCAGUGGUUCUACCAAUUCUCCUCUGCUUAGUUCUAUGCAGGUUGAAGGUGAUUAGGCCUAGAAGGAUCAAGUCAUGUUGUGAUCUCUUUGUGCUUACUCCUAAUCAAAUUGAAAAGAAAAGCAAGUCAUCGUUUUGCUGUCAUUUUUCAGUUGAAGAGAUAAAAAUGGCAACAAAUGACUUCGAUGAGGCUCUACUUAUAGGCACUGGUGGAUUUGGCAGUGUUUACAAGGGUAGUUUUGAUGGUGGGGCAACUUCUGUGGCUAUAAAACGUGCCAAUCCAAUGUCAGAACAAGGUAUUAUAGAAUUUGAGACAGAGAUCCAUUUGCUCUCGCAGCUGCGGCAUAACAACCUGGUCUCCCUUUUGGGUUACUGCAAUGAAGAUGGGGAGAUGAUAUUGGUCUAUGACUUCAUGGCCAAAGGAAGUCUUUAUGAUCAUCUUCAUUUGAGGCAGAGAGAUCAACCCCCUUUGUCAUGGAUUCAACGUCUUGAGAUAUGCAUUGGAGUUGCAAGAGGUUUGCACUAUCUACACACUGGCACAAAGCACAGGAUCAUUCACCGUGACAUCAAGACAGCCAACAUCCUCUUAGACCACAAUUGGGUUCCCAAAAUUUCAGAUUUUGGGUUGUCUAAGGCAAGCUACCCUUCCUUAAGCACCACCAACAUCAAGGGCAGCAUUGGUUACCUAGAUCCAGAGUACUAUCAAUGCCACAAGUUGACUGAGAAAUCUGAUAUAUACUCAUUUGGGGUGGUGUUAUUGGAGGUGCUAAGUGCAAGGCCUGCUCUUAGUCCCGAUGAAGAUGAUGAGCAUGUAAACUUGGCUGAAUGGGCAGUGUUUUGCUUUGAGAAUGGCAAUGUAGAGCAAAUAGUGGACCCCAGCUUAGAAGGAAACAUAGUUAAGGAUUGCUUUGAGUUAUAUUUAGGUGUUGCAAUGAAAUGUUUGGCUGAAAGAGGGGUGGAGAGGCCAUCCACUGGUGAUGUGCUGCAGAACCUUCUUGUGGCAAUGCAACUUCAGAAAAAUGCUGGUAGUGCCCGAAAUGGAAAUGUACAUGGGAAUGAUAAUAAUGGUUUGCAGGGCUGUUCAGAUUUGACACCUGGGGUAGAGUUCUCUGAUAUCAUGAUGCCUGUUGGUCGGUGA